UCUCGUCGUGAGUCCGUGUCAUAACAAUAUAUCUCGUUUUUUUAAUAUACACAAAAGUUAAGAAAUAUUCGAGGCAUCGCUCGAAUUGAUUUGGAAGGAGUUUAUCAGUGUAAUGCUGACGUUAGGACGACUUUUCAGAUCAACUGCCACGACGUACUUAAAGAAAACAAUGGAAUCAAAACGAGCAUUAACUGUCAUCGUUAAAACCGAAGACGGUAAAAUCAAAGGACAUGUUCUUGACAAUGUCGAUAAGGAUGUCGAAUACUUUUCACUGCGAGGUACUCCUUACGCCGAGCCCCCGAUCGACGAUCUUCGAUUCAGGGAUCCAAUCCCUAAGGAAAAGUGGACUGUCUACGUUCGAGAUAUCGUAGAAGAAAGUAAUAUGUCACUGCAAUACGAGCCGUUGAUAGAUAAAGUUGAAGGUAAAGAAGACUGCUUGUAUCUCGACAUCGCAACGAGUGAAAUGCCCAACUGCAAUAAGCCCGUCAUGGUAUGGAUACACGGAGGAGGUUUUAAAAAGAGCUCCAACACACCGAAAAAAUAUGGGCCAGAUUAUUUGAUAAAACGUGAUAUCGUUUUUGUCAGCAUAAAUUAUAGGCUCGGGCUAAUGGGAUUUUUAAAUAUGGACCACGAAGAAUGCAGUGGAAAUAUGGGUCUGAAGGAUCAAAUACUCGCCUUGAAAUGGAUUCAACAAAAUAUUCAAUAUUUUGGUGGAGACUCGAAUAACGUCACAAUUUUCGGCGAGAGUGCAGGGGGAGCAUCAGUUCAUGCUUUGUGUUUAUCGCCAGAAGCAAAAGGUCUUUUCCACAAAGCCAUUAUUCAAAGCGGUGCUGUGACAAAUCCCUGGGCGCAUAUAAAAUCGAACAAAAAGUGGGGAUACGCUUUAGCCAAGUCUUUUGGUGUAAAAUGUGAUACCGACUUAGAUGUAAUUAAAAAAUUAAAGGAAUUACCAGCUAAAGAUCUAGUUAAAAAGUAUGAAGAUUUGUGUAAAGACGAACUUGAAAAGGUUCAACUAUCACUGGUGCCCACCCAAGAUGCCAAAAGUAAGAAUCCCGUCUUGCCAGAACCUAUCAGAGAGUUAGCGAAAAAAGGUAUUGAUGUACCAUUAAUUAUUGGAUACAACUCACACGAAGGCAUCAUAAGAUUUCUUGGUAACACCUCCAAAGUAUAUGAAGAGUUGGAUAAAAAUUUUAACGAAGUUGUCGCAAGCUAUCUACGUAUAGAUGACUAUGAGAAAUUGGCUAAAUACAUGGAGCCAAUAAAAAAACAUUACUUCGGUGAUGAAAAAAUUACGGAAGCCAAAGUCGACGAAGCUGUGCAAUUUUUCGGUGAUAUGCUCUUUGUCAUGGAUGUCAUUGGGGUGGCUACUAUUCAACAACAUAAAGAUGUUCCAACUUACUUAUACAAAUUCUCCUACAGGCCUAAUUUUCCAGGAGUGAAGGACAGAUUCGGAGUUAAAAUUGAAGGAACGUGCCACGGAGAUGAAUUGGGUUGCUUAUUCCAUGCAGAAGCGAGAAGAGAAAGAAUACCCGAAGGUACGCGGGAUCGUACCGCGAUGGAAAGAAUGACGACAAUGUGGACUAAUUUUGCCAAGUUUGGGAAUCCAACACCCGAAAAAAAUGAACUUCUGAAUGAAUCUUGGUUGCCAGUAACUAAGGAAAAAUUGAAUUGUCUCAAUAUUUCUGAUGAAUUAACUUGCAGCGAAAAUAAUGAUUUGAGAACGUAUGAAAUAUGGAAACCUUUACUGGCUCAGUUGCAAUAAUUUGAAUUUUAAUAAAUGUCAGAAAUAUUAUAAAAAA